CCUACUGUCGACUUCUCUGUGUCUCGAUUCUACUCCAUGUUUCCAAUCUACGCAGCGAGCCGGAGGUAGGCGCCGCCCGCUCGAGCUCGCCGCCGGCGAGAAGGCCGUAGGCACGGCGUCGACGGCCUCCUCCUCCUCCUCCUCCCCGGCCCCGCUCUAGCCUCCUCCCCCGUGCGGUCGCCUGGCCGACGAGCAGGUUCGGAGGGGCGCGCGCGACGCCGCCGGCCUCCCUCCUUCCUUUCCACCACCUGACUCCCAUCUCCGUUCGAGACGAACCGAAGGUAUCCUCGUCCCUCUCUGCCCCCGCGGCCACUUCGAGAGCAGGCGUGCCCGUACAUGGGAAAUCCGUCCGGACUUUAUUGAUUUCGCCCAGUUUCCUAUAGAUUUCGUUGGUGAUGGAGUAGCAAUCGCAGCUGGUGUUCUCCCAGAGAAAAGUCUGGGGGGUUCAGUUCUAAAUUGUUCUUCUGGGAGGGAUACUCUGAAUCAGUCGCAGUUUACUGCGGAAAUCUUUGGUGCGUAGUGGAGUAGUGGUAGAUGCUCCUAAACUUCAAAGGAAUAUGGUAGAGGGGCUGCCGGCGGAGUUGCCAAUCGUGGACGUGGCCGCUCGUUUGGGUGGCAAGAGCUCGGAGCUGCCAGAGAAUGGCGCAUCACUGAAGAAUGCGGAGGGAUCCCAGGGUAUGGGAGGUGAUUGCACGGCAGAGUUGCCGUUGCAUGAAGGCAAAGAGGUGAUCCUCGUCGAUGACAACGACAGUGAGCAGGAAGACGAUGGGAGCGGCAAGGUGGAUGAGAAUGUGCCCCGGGUCGGAUUGAGGUUCAAAACUUACGAUGACGCUCUGAAGUACUAUAAGCAGUACGCUGCAGAUUCUGGCUUUUCAGCUAUCAUUCUGAAGUCGUCCUACUUGAAGUCAGGGGUGUGCCGGAGGUUGGUGCUUGGAUGUAGUCGAGCUGGAAGAGGUAGGGCAAAUGCAUGCUAUCUUUCUAGAGAAUCAACGAAGAUAAAUUGCCCAGCUAGGAUUUCGCUGAAGCUAAGGCAAGAUAGAUGGCUUCACAUUGAUGAUGCUAAGCUGGACCACAACCAUCCACCCAAUCAAUCUUCGGUGUCACCCAUGAACUGUUAUAAGAAAUUGACAGAUGCCAAGAAUGAGGAAACUGCUUCAAGAUCAAAAGGACGUAGGAAUGUUCCUAUAGGCGACAAAGAGCAAGGGAGCUUUACUGAGAUAGGAAGGCUUAAAUUUGGGGAAGGAGAUGAUGAAUAUAUCUACAAGUUUUUUGGCAGCAUGCAGAACAAGAAUCCGGAUUUCUUCUACUUAGUAGAUUUAGACAAACAAGGUCGUCUAAGGAACUUAUUUUGGAGUGAUGCUAAGUCACAGGUAGCAGAUGAUUACUUUGGCCGUGAUGUUGUUUACUUCGACACUUCAUACUUGACUGAAAAAUAUGAUUUGCCACUUGUUUUCUUUACUGGGGUGAAUAAUCAUGGUCAAACUGUUUUGUUUGGUACCGGAUUACUUUCAGAUCUAGGUGUUGACAGUUAUGUGUGGUUAUUUAGAGCAUUUUUUGCAUGCAUGAAGGGCUGCUACCCAGCUGCAAUAAUCACUGAGCACUACAAUGCUAUUUUAGAUGCUGUAAGAGAUGUUCUACCCCAAGUUAAACAUCGCCUUUGCCUGUAUCGUAUCAUGAAAGAUGUAACAGAGAACUUGAAAGCACAUGCAGAAUUCAAAACAAUUAAGAAAGCACUGAAGAAAGUAACCUAUGGGUCACUGAAGGCCCCAGAGUUUGAAGCUGAUUGGAAGAAGAUUAUUGAGGAACAUGGACUUGGAGAAAAUGAAUGCCUUAGUUCCCUAUAUGAGCAUCGGCAUCUAUGGGCACCUGCUUAUCUCAAAGAUCAAUUCUGGGCAGGGAUAUCAGUUUCACAGCGCGGAGAGUCUAUUGUUUCGUACUAUGAUGGGUUUGUGUACCCCAAAACUUCCUUGAAGCAAUUUUUCAGUAAAUAUGAGAUUAUAUUGGAGAAUAAAUACAAGAAAGAGUUGCAAGCUGACGAAGAAUCCUCCCAUAGGACUCCUUUGACUGUAACAAAGUUUUACAUGGAAGAGCAGCUGGCCAAAGAAUAUACAAUCAGCAUGUUUAAGAAGUUUCAGGAUGAGUUGAAAGCAACAAUGUAUUGUGAUGGUAUGCCAACUAAAGUUGAUGGACAAUUUGUCACCUUUGAAGUGAAAGAAUGCUCAUAUAUGGAAGAUGGAAAAGAGACGGAGAGCCGGAAUUAUGAGGUUUACUUUUGCAAGCAACAGACCGUUGUUGAAUGUGAAUGUGGUUUCUUUCAAUUCACUGGCAUCCUAUGUAGACAUGUAUUAUCUGUGUUAAAGUUGCAGGAGAUGUUUGAGAUUCCAUCCAGGUUUGUCCUUGAUCGUUGGAAAAGAGACUAUAAGAAUUUGCAUGCUUCGGCACGUUACCGUAAUGAUGAAAUGAUACCUGCUGUGCUACCUGAUGGCAUAAUUGAGCGUCAUGAUAACCUGUUUGCACAGUCUCGCCAGGUGCUUAAGCUAGGGUUCAUAUCUGAGAAUAGGUACCUUGUAGCUCUAAAGUUACUGAGACAAGCAGAAAAGACUCUUCUCGAUGAUGGGUUAUCUAGGGACAGGCAGCCAGGGCUUCUUUCAUUUGAGGCUGAAGCACCUGAAAAUGACCAAGGACUUUUCAGUCCUGAGUUUUCGGAGGGUGUAAAGAAUUCUCAGUCAACAAAUGCAAAGCGUCGAGGUCGUCCAACAAAGAAACUGAUAGAAUCAAAUUCUGAUACUGUAUUAAGGCCAAAUAAAGAGCAGGAUUUUCUACGGUCAUCAUUUGUCACUGAUGAGUCUAAUAUGAUUCAAGGGGCACCCUCGGCCUCACAUCUUGAAAGUCCUCACAUGGGAGUUCAAGGAAGCAUUGAUUUGAUGGAAGGAAUAUCUCCAAACCUUUCAUUUAAUCCUCCUUUUGGAAUGGAUGUUAAUCACCAACAACAAGUGCCCACCCAACCGAGGAUGCUCCCAAACAACUUUUUGCAGGCCCAGGCAGAUUCCCAGGGGUAUGGAAAUCAAUGGGCUUACCCAACCUUGCAGGAUAACUCAAUACUAAGAACUGCUGCUCGAAGAGGAGUGUAGACCCUUUUCCUCCCUAAUUACAGCAGUAGAAUUUUAGUCUAGGUUGUCCACCAGUCUGGUCUUCAUUCAAUCCUACAGCCCUGGGUGAGCACAGACGAGUGAUGCCCUGCCAUGUGUCCGAAGAAGACGGCAUACCAGUUUUUUUUUUUUUUUUGAUAUUAACAAUCUGUAUCAACUAAGAACAGAACAUGCUACUCCUAGCUUUGAGCUGAAUUAGAUCAAUGACAUUUGUGAUAGCUAGCUUUUAAUAAGGGCAAUUUAGGAAAAUAUUUUCUAGAAAAUCUAAAGUGACAACAAAAGUAACAUUGUGAGACAGCAUCGAAAAGGAACACAGGAAUUAUCGUUCUAUACAUACAAACGGAGGUGCAUAAAGUCCACUGCUUUCCUUCUUAGGAAGCUCAUGUUUCUUGAGAUGUUUUGGCUUGGCAUGGUAAUGCCUGUGUCACAUAUUAAUGCUGUGAAGCAGGUAAGAGAGGUGCAUAGGGUCUGCAAAUUUUGGGGCGUAAACCUUAUUUGUGAACUUACAAUUUGCAAUUUUAUUACCUAAGCCUUUGCAUGUUAACACACUUUGCUGUUGCUAGUUUUUCAUGACUUUUUCCCUAAUGGAACCAAACAUCAUGUGAAAAUUUAUGUUCUUCAAUCAUUUGCACGGAGUGGAUAGUAGAUAAGAAACCUUUAUAUUCAGCUUUAAAACAGCAAAAUCUUUUACAUAAACUAGACCAAUGGCAGCAUACAGCCCUGCGUAGUUCUGUACCCUCCUUUUUGUUAGAAUUUUUUUGCUGCCCUAAGACAUGCCAACCAAAUUUACUUAAGAUUCAGGAAUUUUUGUUAGAAUUUGCACAAAUCUGAUUGGGCAUUGCAGUUUCAUUCAAUUGGAGCUCUGAUUUUUUCACUCUUGAGCAUAAAUUGGUUGACUGGCAAGAAUAUUUGGAUUUUCAAUAUAUAAUCAACAGCUCCUACCUAACCUAUCCAAGUUCCGUUUGGACUUGUUCACAAAAUUCGGUAAGAUGGGUGUUCCCUUGUCUAAGAUGAUAUGUUUUGGAGACUUGAAAUUCUUUCCAGUGAAGCAGCACGCAUCAUAUGCAUUUGUCAUGUCAUUUUAGCUGUGUGUUAACUCGACC